UUUCAUUUGAUCCCGAAAAAAAUAAUGUUAUUAACCAAUCACAAUACAUAACACACUGGCAAUCAGUUUACAGUUGUAUUUUUUGCACAGUUUUUCACACUGUGUUUCAAUUUAACCAUUGAAUUUUUAUACUGAUGUUGAUCAUCACUUACUGUUUGCAUUUACCAUAGUUUGACACCCAAUAGCCGAUGUAUUUUUCAUGCUGGGGUGUCGUUAAACAUUCAUUCAUUCAUUCAUUCAUUCAUUUAUUCAAAUUAAUAUGACACUGGAUAGUUCGUUUUAGUUUUCAUACUUUAUUUUAGGGAGCGAUAUGUAUUUUUCUUUUUAACUAAAUGAAUUUGCUAGUAAUUGUAAUUGCUAUACCAGACCAAUCACAGCCUUGUGAAAACAUCCAUUUGACUCUUCUGUGUGCGGAUAUACGAUUUUGAAUGUAUUAAAGUGACAGAAGCUAUUUUUAAACACUACGAUGUAUUUUUCACUCUUAAACCCAUUUUUCAUAAUUGAAAUUAAACUUUAUAUUAUUUUAUUAUUUCGAUUAUCAAUUUCAGUACAUCCAUAAAGUUUAUGGUCAUCCUGCAGUUUGUUAUACGGCGAAAUGCAUUUUUAAUAUAAUUCUUAAAAUGUACGUACGUUUGAAAAGUAAUGGUUAUGGAGACCACCUCAGGUCUAUUUCUAGAAAAUAUGUCCCCGUUUAAGGGUCACAGACUCGCUCACUCAGUUGUAACUUUAUCUAGAUGUGUUACAGGUAUGUGAAUUAACCAAACUUAGUGUCCAUUCCCACGGGUUGAAACUAGGAUCUAUGACUUUAACUGUUAUGUCGCAUAUCAACACAAAUGUGACUACGUUACCUUUAUGUGUUUCUUUUUAAAUACGCUGCACGUGUUAUCAAGACGCUAAACACGUGUUUAUUAACCUUGCAUUACAGUAACCAGGCAAGUGACUAACUCCGGACGAGAGUUCAUAGUAACCUUCCUAAAACACGGUACUUCAAACACAAGACUUGAACUCACCAUCACAGCCACCCAUGGACCUCUCUCUGACGUUCACAUCUCGGCUCCUCUACGACAAGACAUCAACGUGUCCACCCAACUCACUAUGUUAAGCCCUGACGUCAUGCACGUGACUUUGAAUUCUAAGAUACAAUUGUAUGGCACACGAGUUGAAGUCAAAGGGAUUUGGAUAACAAGUCCUAACGACAUAACGGUGCAGUGCUAUAGUUUCUAUGAGAUACAUCCUUGGAAGUCUGCAGGAGGAUUCAUGGCCUACCCGGUUGAGUCACUUGGAAGGGAAUAUGUGGUAGUCACCUACUGUAAAACCGAUAAAUGCCAAUUCGCUAUUGUUGCCACAAAGAACAACACGAGAGUCUCCAUAGCCCUAAGAAUGGACCUAAUUAAUAAAGUUGUCUUCGGAACGAAAACUUACCGCAAUGGCAGUUUAUUACAAGUAACCCUUAAGAGAUAUCAGACGCUUCAGAUCCGGAGCAAGGGAGACCUAACAGGCACAAAAAUAGAGUCAUCUGAAACAAUUGCCGUAUUUGCUGGGGCGCCUUUUACAAGUGUGCAUGAGGACAAUUCUGCAUCCGUUAUCUAUACACGGGAUCACCUUGUGGAUCAAUUACCACCAGUCGCCAGUUGGGGUUCCGUCUACGUCAUCUCUCCAUUCCCCAACACAAUGUCAGAAGACUACAUCAGGAUCGUAGUGUAUGAGAAUACGUAUGUACAGGUGGAUGGCGUCCUACAUAACAUUACAAUUUAUGAUCGCUACAGACAGUUUGUGUUACCCGUGGGCAGACAUACGAUUGUGACGUCUGACAGUCCAGUUCUCAUAGCACAGUUGUCCCAAAGUACAAGCGAUACGACUGAUUAUCGUGAUGCUUCUGUUGCCAUUGUUGUCCCAGUGGAUAGUUGGCGCAGCGAAUACGUUUUCAGCCCACUCAAUUUCAUAGAUGCAUUUACGUAUGUUUCCAUAGUAACCACAACAUCAUGUAUCUCUGAUGUGUUGCUGGACGGGGAACCCAUUGCAAGUGAGUGGAUUGAAGAUGUUCAAUAUGCUCACACGUCAUUGGAUUUGAACGGCACAAAGCAUCAUCUUUCCGUCAAAAAGCCCAGUUGUACACUUUCUGGUACCAUGUUCGGAACAGCGUUAAUUCAAGCUUGGUCAAUGCCUCUAGGCUGGUACUUUGAAGACAGUUGGGUUCCUGAAAGUACAAGUACAAUAUUGCAAGAGAGCAUUUCUCCAACCAUAUAUGAUAAAAUGUCAUCAGUGAACACUCCAUUUACAACACAGCUAUCAGAUGAUAUCACCCCGUCGGUUGAGAGUCCACUUAUAUCACAGCUAUCAGAUGAUAUCUUCUCAUCAACAGAAAGUUCAACGACAACGCAGGUAUCAGAUGAUAUCACCACCACAGUGGGAAGUCCAUUUAGAACACAGCUUUCAGAUAUUUCGACAGCAUCUCUCACCAAGACACAACAGCAUGACAUAUCACCUACUGCGGUUGAGAGCAGCAGUCAUGAUAUUCUACCGACAUCAGUUGUCACAAGUGAGUUCUCUAACGUCCUUUCUGGCCUGGUUUCCACGAUGUUAACAACUAAAAAUUAUCUUCCACUUGAUGCAACGGCAAGUUUACACCCUUCAUCAAAUUACUUAAGUAACAGUCACAUAUUUGUGAAUACUGAUGUUCAUCUACAGUCGAUUAUUGCACAUAUGGACAGCACUACUGAAACUGGACUGACAACGGUAACGGAGACAACUGAUCCUUUUGGUACUGAUGCACCGAAUCCAACUGCAGUUACUACAACAUCUUCUCCACAAACAACUGCUAACAUCCUGGUAUGCAACUUUUGUCGAUGCAAAAACUCUACACUGCAGCUAGAUGAAAGCCUGCAGAUUCUAAAAGAGUACCUGGCAGUCAAUAAGCAGGCUCUUUCGGCGACUACCAGAAAGUACAUCAGCAUAGAAGAUAACCGCCCAUCAGCCAUUGCUGUUGGAUUCAUUGGAAUCGUAUUCCUGUGUCUAAGUGGACUCUUGCUCUCUAUCAAUGACUUAAUAAAACUGUGGUUAUAUUGGUACUCCUGGUGUAGGAAAGACGACUGAGGUAUCGGAUGGCAGACACUUAGAAUCAUGAAUUAUGCCACAAGAUAAAUCUCAAUCUCUCCAAGUAUCACAAUACAAACAACUGUCUAUUGCUUUAACUGAUUAUCCGUUUCUAACAGAAGUUCUUCAAACCUUAAAGCUGGUACAUUAAUUAACCUUAAUUCCAAAAAACAAAAUCAUUUAGUGAGUGUAUCCCGUCAUAAAAUGAACCUUAAUAAAAAUAAUUAUUAUAUUUUAUCAUAAAAUAUCUGUCAGGAAAUGCAUGCACUGUGACCCGUGUGAUUCCGUUCAUACAUAGCCAAUACAUUCUGUAUAAGUGUGCUUUGGAAUUUUAUCAUAAACACAUAAGAAAUAAAUAAUUGCACUCUGAACAAAAUCUGUAAUAUUAUGUUUUUGGGCUCGAACUAUUAAUCUCCAAUUAAUUAUAAGGAAAACCAAACCCAAACAACAUUUUGCAAAUAUAAAAAUCAUAUCUUUUAUUUGGUCAAUAUUUUGCGUGUAAAGAGGUUUUUUUCGCAGGGUUUUCGUUUUCUCUUUUUUGUUAUAUAUGCAGUAAUGACAACAAUUCUUUCAUGUCUAACAACAUUGAUUUCUGUGUAUAAAGAUAGUUCAAACGACCGUACGUAUUAAGGGUUCUGUGAGAUCACAUUGACAGGUUUGGAUGUUCUUUGUUUUCCCAAAGUCAACGACUCUUGAACUCAUGUUUAACUAAAUAAUGUACUCGGUACACAUGUCAAGGGGGUCUUUGUUUGUCCUGGUAACGGCUUUAAAUUCUAAACAUUUCACUAAACGACUACAUGCAAUUACAGUUGUUUAAUAAGCAUAGAAAUAGUCAGGCACUCGGGUGUCUUUAAUGCCUCUGGGAGGAGAUUCCCCUUGACUGGACAUUGAUUACACACUAUUAGUGUUUUGCAUUAGAACUACAAGUAUUUGAGAAGGGUACGCGGGACCUAGUGAUUUUCACUGUUUGAUUUCGCUGUUAGGCUUCUCGUUAGUAAAGACUAGUCAUUGAUUAGACAGUAUUAUACUAUUGCAAUUAGAGGUACUUAGUCUGGCUUUUGUGAACGAUGCGCGAGCCCUAGUGCUAACACUGUGUGUUUACGCUGUUAUUGUUAUAUUCCAAUAUCUCCAAAAGCUUUUAUGAGUAAUUAUUCAAAGCACGUAUGCAGCAAACAGUUCUAGUUAGUGGUAUACUUAGAAUGAAACCAAACAUAAAUUUAACAUUUGGUUUGUGUCACUAGAGCACAUUGAUUUAUUUAUCAUUGGCUACUGGAUGUCGAACAUUUGGUAAUUGUGACAUAGUCUUAAAGAGGAAACCCGCUACAUAUUUUCAUUAGUAGCA